CAAGGUCACAACGAGGGACCCCAUCACAGUACCAAGGAGAGGCUCAGGGGUAAGGAGAAGCCCAGACAUAGCUUGUCUAUAAAGACUUUAAGACUUAUAAACUCCUAGGGACUUAUGCCUCCUAGGGACCACACCAAAAAAUCCAAAAGCUGACAAGUUUGGAGACAUGAAGUUAGUAGAUAAGGAGAGACCUGCCUCUAUUAAUUAUAGCCUGCAAAUCUUCACCUAGCUGCCCUUUCUGCUCAGCCACUGCCUGCACCCUCAGCAAUGAAAGAGCUCUCUGGAGGGGAGUGAGAAUGGGUCUGUAAUUUAAGAUCAAUAAAGGGGCAAUAAUCGAACUCUAUUUGCAUCCAUAAGAUCACUUGUGGGGUGGGUGGGACUAGGUGUGCAAACUGCCGGAACCCAAGGGUUGGGGUUCAGGAGGACCCCUCACUUAAAUCUUCAGACUCCGCCCACUUGCUCCAACCCUCAGGCCCAGUGGCCUCCCUAAUACUCGGCCGCCAUGAGGGCGGGGUCUCAAAAGCAUCAGGAGACGAGUCGUCACGUGACUUUCCCCGCUGCAGCCCCCUCGGAAGCUGCUAGGCGGAAGUAGAUGUUCAGAACAGGGCUGGUCGCCACCGAGACCACAUCCGGGAGAGGCGAGGAGAGCGGAAGUGGCGUUGGUCUGGCCGGAGCCCUUGGGUGAAAUUGUUAGGCGUGGAGGGGGAGUGAUGUCUUCCAGACUCGGUGCAGUCACCGCCACCCCGGGACCUACAGCCUUUAAGCCACAGAGGAGCACCAGGAUCGUGGGAGCUAAGAACAGCAGGACCCAGUGCUCCAUAAAGGACAAUAGCUUCCAGUACACUAUCCCUCAUGAUGAUUCCUUGAGUGGUUCAUCGUCCGCCUCCUCAUGUGAACCAGUGAGUGAUUUCCCAGCGUCCUUCCGAAAGUCCACCUACUGGAUGAAGAUGAGACGGGCCAGGCCUGCCGCCCCCGCACAAGUGGAAGGCGCAGGUGCACAGGAAAAGGAGAAGGCCAAAGGGAAAAGGAAAAUCAAGCAGGAAGAAGAUGAAGACUACCGUGAGCUUCCUCAGAAGAAGCACAAGCUCUAUGGGAGGAAGCAGCGGCCGAAAGCUCAGCCUCACCCAAAACCCCAGGCUCGUCGGGUCCGGAAGGAACCGCCAGUUUAUGCAGCAGGAAGUAUGGAGGAAAAAUGGUACCUAGAAAUCAUGGAUAAAGGCAGUGUGUCCUGUCCCACCUGCCAGGCAGUGGGGAGGAAGACAAUAGAGGGUCUGAAGAAGCACAUGGAAAACUGCAAACAGGAAAUGUUUACCUGCCAUCAUUGUGGGAAACAGCUUCAUUCACUGGCAGGGAUGAAGUAUCAUGUGAUGGCCAAUCAUAAUAGCUUGCCAAUUUUGAAGGCAGGAGAUGAAGUAGAUGAGCCAAGCGAGAGGGAGCGGCUGCGAACAGUUCUAAAGAGAAUGGGAAAGCUCAGGUGCAUGCGUGAGAGUUGCUCCAGUACCUUCACCAGCAUCAUGGGAUAUCUGUACCAUGUUAGAAAAUGUGGCAAAGAGGCAGCCGAGCUGGAGAAGUUGACCCUGAAAUGUCAUCACUGUGGAAAACCAUACAGGUCAAAGGCUGGGCUUGCAUAUCACAUGAGGUCAGAGCACGGGCCUGUCUUCUUCCCAGAAUCAGGACAGACAGACUGUUUGAAGGAGAUGAGUCUGGAAGCAAAGGGCGGAGGCCGAGUUCAGCGGCGUUCGGCCAAGAUAGCUGUGUACCAUCUGCAGGAGCUGGCCUCUGCUGAGCUGACCAAGGAGUGGCCAAAGAGGAAGGUGCUCCAGGACCUGGUACCCGAUGACCGGAAGUUAAAAUAUACUCGCCCUGGGUUACCUACAUUCAGCCAGGAGGUACUGCACAAGUGGAAGACAGACAUCAAGAAGUAUCAUCGUAUCCAGUGUCCUAACCAGGGAUGUGAGGCUGUCUACAGCAGUGUAUCUGGCCUGAAAGCUCACCUGGGCUCCUGCACACUGGGCACCUUUGUGGCUGGAAAAUACAAGUGUCUUCUGUGUCAGAAAGAAUUUGUGUCAGAGAGUGGCGUCAAGUAUCACAUCAACUCUGUCCAUGCUGAGGAUUGGUUCAUUGUAAACCCGACCACCACCAAGAGCUUCGAGAAGCUGAUGAAGAUAAAGCAGCGGCAGCAGGAAGAGGAGAAGCAGCGGCAGCAGCAAGGGAGCCGGCGGUCUCUGAGAAGGCAGCAGCAGCCGCGCCCCGAGCCUCCAGAGAGCCAGCCAGAGCCGAGGGCAGGGAAGGGGCAGGACGGGAAUGAGGAACUGGUGGUGUCCGCUUUAUGUAAGGGAUCAGAGCAGGAACCAGUGCCAGCACAGUCCCAGAAAGCAGAGCCCACCAAGACCACUCACAAACGAGGGAGGAAGUAGGCACUGGUCUUGCUCCUAGGAGAGUAGGUGUGAUGCUGUUGUCAUGGAGACAUGUGCAGGGGAGGCCUGAGUCCUGGGGCUGGGUGAAGAUGCUGUCAGAUGUUGCUGUUGGGCUGUGCUCUCAGCUCCUCUGUGUACAUUUCACGGUCUUCCUGACUAGUUCACU